AUUUUGGAGCUUUUAUUCUUCAUCAUUGAGAGAGCUUUCCUUGUAUACUCCAAAAAAAGCAUUAAUUAAGAUACAUACAAUCAAGAUAUGGCUAUCAACAAUGAAGAGAAACAAGAAAUCAAACCCAUUGGACACAAUGAACUUGCUCACAAGAGUCUCCUUCAAAGUGAUGCACUUUAUCAGUAUAUACUUGAAACAAGUGUGUUUCCUAGAGAGCACCCAUGUUUGAAGGAGCUUCGUGAGAUGACAGAAAAACAUCCUUGGAACCUUAUGGCUACACCUGCUGAUGAAGGACAGCUUUUAAGCAUGCUGAUUAAGCUUAUCAAUGCAAAAAACACAAUAGAAAUUGGUGUGUUCACUGGUUAUUCUCUUCUCUCCACUGCUCUUGCUCUUCCCUCUGAUGGAAAGGUAUUGGCUUUGGACGUGAAUAGUGAAUACUAUAAGCUGGGAUUACCCAUAAUUGAAAAAUCUGGAGUUGCUAAUAAGAUUGACUUUAGAGAAGGACCUGCUCUACCUGUUCUAGAUGAACUUCUUCAAGACGAAAAUAACAAGGGAGCAUUUGAUUUUGUUUUUGUGGAUGCUGAUAAGGAUAAUUACUUAAACUAUCACAAGAGAGUACUUGAUCUUGUGAAAAUUGGGGGAUUAAUCGGGUACGAUAACACCUUAUGGUGUGGAUCAGUAGCGGCUCCACCAGAUGCGCCUAUGAUGGACUAUGUUAAGCGUUUACGUGGCUAUGUGAUUGAACUCAACAAAUAUCUAGCUCAAGAUUCAAGGAUCGAGAUUUGUCAACUCCCUGUAGGAGAUGGGAUUACCCUGUGUCGCCGCAUUAGCUGAUUAUUCUCUUUGGUGGUGAUUUAUUUGGUUGGAGAAUUUGGAGUUUUAUUAUGAGUUUUCAAUGUUAUGGUUUAUUAUUGUAUUAUUGAUCUUUGUUACGUUCUUGUCAUGUGGAAAAGUUUGGUAGAUGUGUCCAAAUGAGUGUUUCGCCUGAUAUUUUAUGUUGUUGUUACUUUUGUAAUCUAUUUUUUGAUGUAAUGGUGGCCAAAUUAGCCACUAUAGAUGUGGAUGGUUUGUAUUAUUAUCAUGAGAAAAAGCAUGGUUGUACUUUUUUAAA